AUGUAUACUAAUCUAUCUUGGAGUUCUCAUCACGAGAAAAUAAGACAAGGAUUUACCUCACUGUUAGAGAAAGAACUAUAUGUAGACAUGACUUUUUGUGCAGAUGGCUAUCUGGUAAAGGCCCAUAAAAAUAUUGUAGCACUAGUGAGCCCUUAUUUGCGUGAAAUGAUAAAUUCUACUGCUGCUCACCAACAUCCCAUUAUAUUUUUAAAUGGAAUAAGCCAUGGUAUACUUACUUACAUUUUAGAAUAUAUUUACACCGGGGAAAGCCAUGUACCAAAUGAUGUGUUACCUUCUUUUUUAAAAACUGCUGAAGAAUUACAUUUAUGUGGAUUAAGCACUAAAUCGCCUGAUAUAAAGCCAAAUGUAAAACAAUCAUCAGAAUGUAGCAACCCUAUAACAUUAAUGGAUUUUAGUACUACACAGGCGCCUAAUGUAACAGCUGUUGAAGAUGAAUUAUCAAACAAUAACACUAAGGAAAUUGUUGAUGAAAUAGAAACAAUAUCUUGUUUGCCUAAUAUUUCAAAAAGCGCAGAACAAGUUGAAUUUGAUACUGACAUACAUAAUGAACAAGAAAUAAUAUGUAACAAAAAGGACAAUUCUAAUGUUGUAGCAAGUUAUUCUUUAAGUGGAGAAAACUUCUUUACUCUCAUUCCCUUCCAAAACAAAACUAUGUCUCUUCCCUGGUAUUCCAACCCAAAAUUGAGCCUUUCUUCAAGAGGCAGUCUGCAGUUGAUUUUAAAUCGUUUCAUUUACAAUUUACACCACCAGUCUAAUGGAGGCCGUAAGAAAAGAUGGAGAUGUGUGGACUAUCGUCGAAAUCAUUGCCCAGUUUAUAUUGACACUAUUGAUGAGAAUAUUGUAACAAGAAAGAACCCUCAUAGCCACCCAUUUCAUGAUGAAAAAAUAUUAAAAAAGGUAGAAGAAAAUAAAGUUUAUGGCUCUGUGCCUAUUAUAGAAAGAGAAAACAAUAUUAGUAAUGAAAAUAAUAUAAUUCAUUAG